AUGCCUAAGCGUCUUCCCACGCCUGAGAUUGACGAUGGAGCAAAGUAUCUAACCGUCGUCAACCCGUAUCCAUUUCGCCCGAACAUGUACCUCCCCAAACCUCGCGAGCUUUUCGCGCAGUGGAUCGCGGCAUGCAUUGGCCCCAGCAUCGGCCCCAGAUAU